UCAUGUUCUGCCCUAGUUUCGUUUCUCGGGAAGUGCAGCAGUGGAUCAUCAGACGAGAAACUAUGGGCGUUGGUGCAGUUGUCGCCAUUGGAGCAGGAGCAAUAGGCGCCGUGGCCCUGGCUCCUGUCGCUCUGGGAGCCGCGGGGUUCACCUCAGGUGGAAUAGCAGCAGGCUCCAUUGCUGCUAAAAUGAUGUCAGCUGCUGCGGUUGCAAAUGGAGGAGGAGUAGCAGCAGGGAGCACGGUGGCUGUUUUGCAAUCAGCAGGUGCCGCUGGUCUGUCAGGAGCUGCCAGUGCUGCUGUGGCCGGCGCUGGAGGAGCAGUGGGAUGGCUGGCUAGCUUCAUCCCCAGAAGAUCAUGAACAAGAUGAAUCUGAAACAGCUUUGAUGUUGAAGUGUUUUGUGCAAUAAAUCUGCAAAAUCUG